AUGGAGGAGGGGGUGAUCAACAAGAUGCUCAAGGGCCCCCUCUCGGAGGUGCUGGACCAGACCCAGCUGCUGUAUGACGUCAGCGGAGCCGGGAACAACUGGGCGCACGGCCACCACGGCUACGGCCCGCGCUACAGGGACGCCCUGCGGGAGCAGCUGCGCCGCGCAGCAGAGGGCUGCGACAGCCUGCAGAGCUUCCUCCUGCUGCACUCCCUGGGGGGAGGCACCGGCAGCGGCCUGGGGACGUACAUCCUCGGGAUGCUACAGGACGACUACCCCAGCGUCUUCCGCUUCAGCGCCCCGGUCUUCCCCUCCGAGGACGACCAUGUCGUCACAGCCCCAUACAAUGCGCUGCUCGCGGCCCACCAACUGCUGCUCAACGCGGACUGCGUCAUCCCCGUCGAAAACCAGGCCCUCCUGGACGCCUGCGGCCGCCUGGAGCGCUCCGCCGGCGCGGCCGCGGGCACGCCGGCCUCGGCGGCGCGCGGCGCGGGGGAGGACGGCGGCGGCGGCGGCGGCAGCGGCAACAAGCCGUGGGACGCCAUGAACGGCGUGGCGGCGGGGAUGCUGCUGGACCUCACCGCGGGGGUGCGGUUCGAGGGGUCCCUCAAUGUGGACCUGAAUGACAUCACCAUGAACCUGGUGCCCUUCCCCAGGAUGCACUUCCUGCUGUCGGGCCUCGCGCCGCUCGCAGCGCAGCGCGACGUGGGGCGCAUGGCGGCGCCGCGGAGCAUGGACCAGCUCUUCAGCGACGCGUUCAGCCGCGACCACCAGCUGAUCUGGGCAGAGCCUCGCCAGCACACCUUCCUGGCCACCGCCCUCAUGCUGCGCGGCGCUGCCGGCAUUGGGGACGUGCAGCGCAACGUGGCGCGGCUGCGGGGCGGCCUGCGGCUGGCGCACUGGAAUGAGGAGGGUUUCAAGAUUGGCCUCUGCAGCCAGCCGCGCGUGGGCCUGCCCUACUCCCUGCUGGCCCUGUCCAACAACUGCUGCAUCACCGACACCCUGGGGGCGCUGCAGAAGCGCUUCGACAAGCUCUACCGCCGAAGGCUGUUCCUGCACCACUAUGAGGAGUACAUGGAGCGGGCCGGCUUUGACGAGGCGGCCGAGGCGAUAGGGGCCCUGAGGGACGACUACCGCGCGGCAGACGGCGCGCGGCCGGCGCCGAUCGUGCGCCUACGGCCGCGCGGGCUGGCGCUCGCGUAA